AUGCCUAGGCCAUCAUCCAACGUCUCCGAUACUCAGUCACCGCGCUUCUUUCCAUCAACAUGCCCCGAGUCUGAAGAAUACCAACGAUCGGAAGUUUCAUCUCACACAGAGUUCCAGGGUGCGCUGUCGCCCGAAUCGCUGUCAGACUGGCAGCCCCACGCCGCGUCACAAGAUCUGGGCGGUGAUGGCCCAUCAUCACCAUUGCACACAAUGUCGCCCGGUCCACAAUCCGAGAGUGUUCGCGAUGUCGAGAUGGGUAAUGACGGGGAACGGUUGCCGUCGCCCAUGCGAGAUGAGAUGGAUGAGUCGCACAAACGGACAGACUCAAAUGAAGCAGCGCUUACCAUGCGCGCUCGCUCCAGCAGGUCCUUGGGCAACGUUCGCGCCUGCGAUACAAACAUUCGACCGGUAAAAACUAAGUCGUCUGGCGAACCCCCAGGGACAAGCAAGCAGGCCUCCGAUGCUCUGCCGCGUUCUGACAGUAAGAUCCACAAUACUGAUAUAUGGGAUAUGGGAAGGGGUCCUCGAUGGGUUGAAGAUAGCGGGUUGGCUGGCUUGGCCCACGAGUAUUCACAUAUGCGACUGGUCCUACCAAACCCGUCCUGCUAUCUGCGUCCCGGUACGAGGUUUGUUGGAACCCAACAAUCAAAGCGCCAAAAGUACGCGGUUGAAGUUGAGUUCAAGCAUAUAGAUAUUCGGGAGUCCUUUUUGUGCGGUUACCUUCGUAUCCAAGGGCUCACAUCUGAGGACUCUACGUUGAUAACGUACUUUGAAGGAGAGAUUAUUGGCACCAAGUAUGGUUUCAUCACAGAGCAGCCUGCAUGGGGCGCAACGCCCCAGAUCGAUGUCUCUCAUUGGGAGAAGUUCUCGCCUUUUGAGCCGUACAAGCCGUAUGUGCGCAAAGGUCAGGUGUACCUCAAAGACGCAAUGCAGAGAGAAUACAUCUUCAUGAGAUGGAAGGAACAUUUCCUCGUCCCAGAUCAUCGUGUGAAGAUGAUCAGUGGAGCGAGUUUUGAAGGAUUCUACUAUAUUUGCUUCAACCAAAUUGAGGGCGAUGUCAAGGGCAUUUACUACCACAGCCGGAGCGAGGAUUUCCAGCAGUUGGAGUUGAAAUGCAUCCAAAAUCGAGGACUAUUUGCCUCAUACGAGUUCAGGUGA